CAUAACCACUGCAACCCCAUAACCACAGCUACCUCCCCCAUAACCCACAACCACCACAACCCGCCAUAACCACCACCACCCCCAUAACCCCCAGCCCCACAACCACCUCCAACCCCACAACCCCCCCACAGCCACCACCUCCGGCCCCACAACCCCCCCUACCCCAUAACCGCCUCCAGCCCCUCAACCCCCCCACAGCCACCACCCCCCCCGCCUCCAUGUCCACCCCCAGCCCCACGACCCCCGCCCCCCCCCGCUCCCCGCUGCACUCCAUCCUCUACGACGGCGUCUCGCUGCGUUACCUCAAUCAGCGCCUCCUCCCGACGGAGCUCCGCUACCAAACGGUGCUCGACGCGGACGGAGCGGCGGCGGCCGUGGCGGCCAUGGAGGUGCGGGGAGCUCCGGCCAUCGCCCUGCUGGGCUGCCUGGCCGUGGCCUUGGAGCUGAAAGGCGGCCGCGGCCCGCGGGGGGAUCCGGAGGCGUUGGUGGAGUUCGUGGAGGAAAGGAUGGGGAGGGUCCGCGACGCCCGACCCACCGCCGUCAACGUGGGGAGGGAGACCGAGAGGCUGAAGGGGGAGAUGAGGGCGUGGAUGGACAGAGAGCCGGCAGUGAGCGAGGGGGAGCUGAGGGACAGGGCCAUCGCCCACCUGGAGGCGCUGCUGCAGAAGGACGUGGAGGACAAUCGGCGCAUCGGCAGCCACGGCGCGCGGCACAUCGCGCAGCGCCUGCAGGGCGGCAGCCGCGCCACGCUGCUCAGCCACUGCAACACCGGCAGCCUCGCCACGGCCGGAUACGGCACCGCGCUGGGAGUGGUGCGGGCGCUGCACUCGGAGGGCCGCGUGGCGCGGCUGCUGUGCACGGAGACGCGGCCGUUCCUGCAGGGGGCGCGGCUGACGGCGCUGGAAAUGCUGCACGAAGGAGUGCCCACUACGCUCAUCGCCGACAGCGCCGCCGCCGCCGCCAUCAGAGAGAGGGGGGUGCACGCCGUGGUGGUGGGCGCUGACCGCAUAGCAGCCAAUGGGGACACGGCCAAUAAGAUCGGGACGUAUUCGCUGGCGGUGGCGGCGCUGCACCACGGGGUCCCCUUUUAUGUGGCCGCCCCGUCGUCCUCGUGGGACCCCAAUGUGCCCAACGGGGCCUCCAUCCCCAUCGAGGAGCGCCCGGAGCGCGAACUGACCGAACUGCAGGGGGUGCGCGUGGCCCCCCACGGGAUCGAUGUGUGGAACCCCGCCUUUGACGUCACACCCCACGAGUUGAUCACGGGGGGAAUCGUGACGGAAUUUGGGGUCUUCCGCCCGGAAGAGCUGCGCCAUGCAUUGGGGGGGCGCUGACGGCGCGGGGCACGCCGGGAUGCAGCGAGGCGCUUCCGCCUCGCUGCAUCCCGGCGUACCCCGCGCCCCCCCACUUCCGCCUCGCUGCAUCCCGUCGUGCCUUACGCUUCCUGUUCAAAUGUCCCUGCUUCCGCUUCCUCUUCGCCAAACCGGAAGUGCUGUCAUGGCGCAAGGGAGACCGAAAGCGGCGGAGAAGAAACCGCGGAGAGCGGCGGCGGCGGAAAGGGGGGGGGCGAAGGGGCCGAGGAAAGGAGGCCGGGUCAUCGCCCCCAAGAAGCUGCGUGUGAUCCAACAGCAGAAGCUGAAGAAGACGUUGGAGGUCGGCAUUCGGCUCCGCAUUGAACGGGAGGUCGCCCUGAAGGCCUCCGCUGCCCUCCCCAAAAAGCUGACGAUGGUGGGGGCCGCCCCUCCGCCCCCCCCC